GACGCGCAAUCUCCUUCACUGUGAUUCUCGCUGAAGAUAUCAAAUAACGAGGGAAAUAAGCGCGCUCAAGGGUGGUAUAUCAGAAUUAUUACCCCGUCGUCAUGGUAUCAUGAGGAAUCUUAAAUCUUAUUUUCUUCUGGUGAUAAUAGUUGUUUGGACUGCGUCUGUCACCGUCGAAGCUUCUUCAAAUAAAACCAGAGAAAUUACAAUUCCCGCCGAAUCUUGCCAGCAAAGUCCCGUGAGACAAAACGUGACGUUACAAGGUGGUAUCGAGGCGGGAGUGUUCAAAAAACUUGCUCAAUUUGUGGCCAUGCAGCUAUGYAUUCGUAUGUGUUGUAAUCAGAAAGGUUGUGACGUAGCGUUGCUAUCAGGAAAGAAUUGCUACGGUGUUCAGUGCUUUAGUGAAGAAGCUUGUCGAGCUGUUCCCGCCACAAAGGCUCCUACGUCAUUGAUGAUCUCUCACGUGACAAUCAAAGGAGAAGGAGCAUCAGCGUCGCAUGGCAACCUCUCCAACCCCAUUCCACAUAACUUGAAAUGUACUGUCACGGAGCCAGAGGAAGGCGUGACGUUAAACGGAGGACUCAAAGCAGGCAACUUUACAGAUGUAGGAAAAGUCGAGAAUAUCAAUGCCUGCACUAGACUGUGCUGUGUAUCAGAGAAAUGUAACUUGGCGCUAGUCAUCAAAGGMAAUUGUUUCUUAGUUUCUUGUUUUACYAAAGACUUGUGUAAUACGGUGAAGACCGAAACAACCAACUAUAGACCGACUGUGGCGUUUGUAAAACGAUGGACUACUGCGUUGGCACUAGAAUCAGCYAUUACCCUAAGCACUCUACCAGCCACAGAUUCAAAGUUAAGCUGUAAGAACAGCGAUAUUCGACACAAAUCAACACUCAAAGGUGGCUACAGGGCUGGUAAUUUCACAGACUUGGGCAAAGUAUCAAAUAUGUCAACUUGUAUUCGGUUCUGCUGUGGUCGACGAGACUGUGAUGUCGCUAUGAUGCUUGAGAACAAUUGUUACGCGGUUCAUUGUUUUUCUGAUGAGCUUUGUAAAGCGGUCAAAGCMAGGCAAUCUGGACUUCUCAGCCAUUUGAAUCCUAAGCUUUCUUAUAUGACAAGCAGAACUGAAGAAGUGCUACCUAAACGCAUUCCACUAGACGACGGAGCCUUUUGUCAGCCGUCAGUCAUCUCAUAUGACGUCACACUAAAGGGAGGAGUCAAAGCGGGUUCUUUCACUCCAUUGGGCCAAGUUGAUAGCAUUCAAACAUGCAUCAGUCUUUGUUGUCAGCGGYCUUCAUGUGACGUAGCAUUUAUGUUAAAGACCACGUGUUAUUCGAUCAAGUGUUCCAGUGAGGAGGUCUGCGAACAGGUUCCUGCUCGUGCCUCUGAGUACAGCCCGCGUUUAUCGUAUGUUCGCCGGUAUACCGGAAAUGACGUCACUAAAGAUAAACAGAAAAUAUCCACAAACUCAACAAAGCCAGCCAACAACAGCAAGAAUUCAACCAUUACAGAUAUCAGUGAAGAUCAUUAUUGUACUGACAGUGAGGUUAUGCACAAUGUUACUCUCAGAGGUGGYAUUACAUCGGGAUUAUUUCGAGAUAGAGGCAUCAUACCAAGYGUUAAAGAGUGCGCUGAUAUUUGCUGUAUCGCCAAGGAAUGCGACCUCGCGUUYAUGCUCAAAGACCAUUGCUUCUCAGUGUCUUGUUCGAGCGAAUCCCUGUGUGAAGCAGUCAAGGCAAAGUCAUCGGUGUUUGAACCAACAAUCGUCUACAUUUAUGCACGAACAAUACGCAAUAAUAGAUCAAUACAGAAACGAAACAAUCAAGGAUCAACAAGAACGAUAAAUAUAAACACCAAACAAAAUARUUUUAUCARAAGGAGGGCUUUGGAAUGGAGACGGAGGGGGYUGGAAGUGUACUAUGUCCCACAAAGGACAGGGAUUAUUUUCACAAUGAAUAAAGUAGGAACAAGACGAAYGGACGUGGCGCUCCUGAUAYUCCUGGUGUUUGCCAAGAUCUACAGUGACCAAGCAGAUGAUAACUUGAUCACCGAGAUCAGCAGUGUGCGGCCACUAGUCUGCGAUCAUGGACCAAUCACAUCUAACGUCGCCUUAAAACAUGAAUUACGCGCGGGAAAGUUUUGGAGACUGGGGAUAGCCGGUGAUAUGAGUACGUGCAUACGACUUUGUUGCGAGAUUGACGACUGUGAGAUGGCAUAUUUACCAGGAACUCAUUGUUAUGGUGUUGACUGCUUCAGUGAGAAGCACUGCGAAGUGACGGGUAUCAAACCUAAAGUGAAUAUGACAGURAAAAUCGCUACUGUAAGACCUAUUGUAGAGAACUCUGGUGCUGUGAAAAUGUUCGAUGUCGAGGACCCGUCAACYAAAGAAGAACUACACUGCACACAGAGCCCUGUUCUUACAAAUGUUACCCUYAGGGGAGGGGUAAAGGCAGGCAAAUUCAGUGACCUGGGGGAUGUAGAGGGGAUGCAUAUGUGCAUUGCCUUGUGCUGCGAGAGUAGGUCAUGUGAYCUUGCAUUCAUGAUCGGAUCGACGUGUAUUGCUGUUGACUGCUACAGCGAGGAGAUGUGCCAGGCUGUCAGGGCRAGACCGACGUCUUACAAUCCAAGGAUCUCGUAUAUUAGAAAGAGAGAAUUCCAAAGAAUGGGAAGAAAAGCUGACACUCUACCAACCAAGCCACGUAGUUCGAGCGUAGCGUCGCCCAGACAGGAGAUAAUAAGUGCACGUCUACCACACAGGACCAUUCUGAAGACAAGUCGGUGUUCGGCUGUCAAGAUACAUCAUAAUUUAACGCUACUUGGCGGAAUAAAAUCAGGAAAUCUCACAGCACUUGGAAAGACCAAAAACAUGCAAGAAUGCAUAGGAAAGUCAUGUGAUCUGGAGAGAGGUGACCUGGCCUUCAUGCUCGGUAAUGACUGUUAUUCAAUCACGUGUUACAGCGACCGAGUCUGUCAAACAAUUCCUGCAAAGCCUUCUCGUUUUACACCUCGUCUUGCCUUCCUGAAAUGGUCUCCCAAAGAAAACGAAACAGAAGCUUUACUAGAGGAGCACACAACGAGAAAGAAGAUCCCUCACUGUACAAGAAGCCAUAUUCUGUACAAUCACACUGUUCUAGGUGGACUGCGAGCAGGGAAUUUUACCAAAAUUGCAGAGGUUGACAGCAUUGAGACAUGCGCAGCUCUGUGUUGUGCCGAGAAGACUUGCGACCUGGCCUUAAUGCUAGGCGAGAAUUGCUAUGCGGGGGACUGUGCMAGCAAGGAGUUGUGUAAGCCAAUCGCAGCACAGCAAUCAUCGCAGAUUGCUUACAUUACGUCACGAAAAACCCAUGACAACAUAUUAGAUUGGAGUAUGUGGUACUUGGUGGUGGGGACCAUUGCUAUCAUACUUGGUGUUAUAGGAAUUACCUGGACAGCGUGUACCUGUUAUUCCAGGAACAGAAAAGUGAAGUCCAGUCAAGAGGCAGACAGGUUUGGUAUGAUGGACGAGUAUGGAGACUCUAUCCACACAAUGCACAUGCUACCACAAGAAAAAUACAUGACUAGUGGGCCGUUAUUUCUCAGUGAAACAGAGAGCGAUACAGAUGAUGAGCCAGAGCCGCAGCCCAUUCAAAAAAAGAGCCUUCCAAGGCARUCCCUAUCAAAUAUGGUCCCUUUCUACACCAGUCCACCACCRACUUAUAAUAAUCAACCAAACAUUGACCCAUCACGGGUUAGACGAUCAAUGCAGAAUCUAUAGAAUACGUAUAUAAGACAACUCAGGACCCCCUCAUGGCCCAUAACUCUUUGCGYUCGACUGUUGCGCAAUGAGCUUUCUAAGAACUCACGAAAAAAAUUUGACUACAAAGGUCGUCAAAACUAUUAUAAGUUAAAAAUACUCUUGACUUGUCGAUCUUAAAGUCUCCUUGCACUGAUAUCAGUAAAAAAUGCUUUAAUCAAACAGAAGAAAGUGGUUAUCACUAUGUUAAACAACCCUUUGUUUUUUUUUAAGUUAAAGUGGGUGGAUUUGCCACCACAGUAACGCUACUAAAACAUUAUAACAGAAAAAAAUAUUUAAAUAGCUCAUAAAAAAUGUUUUUAAGUUUAAGCAAAGUAAAACUGUUAUAUAACAGUAUAAACAUGUAACUAAAUUGAUAAUUGUACAAAUAAUAUUUUGCAAAAAACCAUGGGAAUCAUGUCGAUUCCUUGAUAGUUAAUUUCGUUGACGAUAAACUUGAUUAAUAUUAAUAAAUAAAAUAUUUGUUGUCGUA